AUGUAUGGCCAACCCCCAGUGAAGCAAGCUAGGAAUUGCAGGAUUACUGGUUCAUGACAGUAUUCGAGUUCCCAGGUUCUACCGACUUCCUUUACCAUGUCCUCUAACCCUCUCUCCAUCGAAGAACUCCAGGCCGCCCUCUGCCGCCCUCGCCGCCCGCGACGCCGCCCUAGCCUCGCGAAGCUGAAAUCGCCAGCCUCCACGCCGAAGGCCACGCUCUACAGCAGACCUAUCAAGCGGUUUUGGACAACUUCAACGUCGUCAAGAAGCUCACCGACACCCUCCAGCACACUCCCAAGCCCAAGUCACCGUUGGAGAAGCCGCCUGCCUAUGAUGGCAAGGACAAGACCGGUUACUCUAUGUUCGUAUCUCAGUGCAAGUUCUACAUCUAUGGCAACCCAACUCUCUUCACUACGGAUGAGGCGAAGAUUGCUUUCAUGAUUUCCCUCCUCCGCAACAGUGCCUACAAGGUCUUCGAACCCUACAUCGAGCUCGCCGACGAGAAGCGCCCCCAUUUCCUCAAAGACUUGCCCGCUUUAAUUUCCUCGAACAGGCCCAGCUCUACCUCGGCGACCCCGAUCGCGAACACACCAUCACCAACAAGUUGCGCGCCCUUACUCAAACCGGAUUCGCGGCUGCCUAUGCGAGUACCUUCUUUCAGCUCUCUGCUUUCCUUGCUUGGAAUGAUCCCGCUUUGCAGGCCCAGUACUACGCCGGCCUCAAGCCCGACGUUCGCAAACUCGUCACUCGCCCUUGUCCUCCGAGCGAGUUUCUAUCACGAAGGGCGAAGAUAGGAGAGGUGAGCCGGACGUAG